UGUUUGUUUGUCUAGUCAGUCAUCUAGAUAAUAACCUUUAUUUACCGUCGAUUGAGCAGUUUCAUAACCUUUUACGGCAAAUAGUCUGUUUGUUUAAAUUCCCCGCAACUGUUAAAAACUCAUCUCUCAAAAUUGCGUUGUUAGAUAUUACGGGGCCACGCCUGUUUGCGCGAACCGUCGGUACACAGCAUUAAUUUUGUUUCAAUAUUAAUAUCUUAAAGUUUAUGUAGCUAAGUUGGAUAGAUUGAGUAGGCCAGGCCCAAUAAAUAUGAUGUUAUCUAAAUCAUCCAGGAUUCUGAUAUUCUUUCUCUUUUGUUUGACACAGCCAAUUAAUGGUGCGAACGACACCAUUUCAGCAACGAAUGUGACGACAGAAAACGUUUAUGAUGAUCCUUGUAGUGGUUCUUGGUCAAGUUGGUCGCAAUGUUUUCCCGGCUCGACGUCGGACAGCACGCAAUGGAGGGAUCGAAUGUUCAAUAUGACACCCUCACAACCCGAGGCACCCCCCUGUUAUUUGCCCUACACAGUCAAUAUGGUUCAAGUAGAACCUUGUUCGUCUUCAGCCGACUCUCCAGUCGUUGAUUUAGCUUCGACAGAUUGCGGAGUGGGAUAUUUUAAAUGUGGAAACCAACGAUGUAUCCAGGAAAACUUUGUAUGCAACGGAGACGACGACUGUGGAGAUGCCAGCGAUGAGUUUCCAUCUCAAAAAGCGAAGGACGCAGGAUGCACAGAGAACCUAAAACUGGUAUGUGGGUACACAAUCGACCCAGGACAAAGUUCGAAAGUUCCUCUUGGUGAGCGUUACCUUACUGGGAUAUCAGGAAUUAACCAAUUCUCGCAGGGGUUUGACAUUCUUUCAGGCCAAUUCAAAAGCAGCGCUUUAUCAAUGGCUGGACAUGGUUCAUGCAGAAGAGUUUUGAUCACCGGUCAAACUGAUGCUUACUACAGAAUACCGGCAAAUGUUGCGUCGUUUCGGCAGCUCUACGAAAUUAUCCUAUCUACACCAAAAAUUUACGAAAGUGGUGCAAAUCUUCUGAACACAACUAAAGACAGUCUUAACUACAACCUCAACUUUGGUGGUCAAGUUUUAGGCGUUGCUGGAAACGCUGGUUUAACUCAGAACUCACUUAUUGAGAAUGUCGUCAUAGACAGCGUGCAAAACGAACAAAUGAACACAUAUGUAUCGAUGAAAGCGGCAGUGAACACGGCACAGGUAACACUACAAGACCCUGAAGAUCUUGAGCCCACAACUUCUUUUAUGUCUCGCGUCAUGGAACUUCCUGACUCUGGUUUCAGCUACGAUAAAUACAUGAGCUUUGUAGCUGAUUACGGAACCCAUUAUGUAGCCUCGGGAAAACUUGGCGGAAUGUACGAAGAAACUCAAGUCUAUUCAAGGUGUUGGCUUGAUAGCAAAAGUUUUUCGGUGUACACCCCUAAAGAGUGGAGCGAGGUUCUACAGGAUUGUGCGACACAAAGUUUCUAUUACAACCUCGACCCAACGACUACGACUUUCACAGAUACAUGCAAACAUAUCGACAGCACGGGACAGGCAAAUUUUCUCACGGACGAAAUCUCCCGAAAGUUGGUUUACGUCACGGGUGGCAGCAUUGCAACGUCAUCCGAUUUGAAACUAAGCUUUGUUAAAGAAACAUGGGAUGCCUGGAUUCAAUCGGUUUCCACAGGACCAACAUUAAACACUGACUUGUUCCAUCUUCGUCCGAUUUCCGACUUAAUUUACUCCACACACAUCCCAAUUGAUCGGAAAAGAAGAGAAAUAUUAGCUGGGUUUAUCGACCAAGCUAUUGAGUUACAUCUCACACCGUACGAUGGUUACACACAGUGUGAGCCUUGUCGACCAAGAACAGAUAAAGACGGAGUUGUGAUUGACGUUUACGGGGAAGACUCUGGACUGGUUUUCUACGGCGUGCCAUACGUUACUGGUACAGGACAAGACUACAGAUGCAUGUGUGCUUAUAAUAACCCGCCAACACCAGAAAUCUGCGGUACAUCGCGUGUAAUGGGAAUAUUUGGCCUCGCUAUUCUGUGUAGUCUCGUUUCGAUGUGGGUCAAAGACAUAUUUGUAUAAUAUGAAUGCUUCACUAUACGAUUUAUUUUUUCUUAGCACAAUUUAAUGCGGAGUGUAUAUGUAUAGCUUAGUAUGAAAAGUUACUGGUAAAACAAAGACGACAUAAAUAUAUACCUUAUAAAUUAUCGCAUAUCUUUGGUGUCGGUUUUAAGUUAAAUCCUCUCUGCCACAUAUUCCUAUUGCGCAGGAUAUAUAUUAAUACAUCAAACGUUGUAUUUAAUUUGUACAUGUAUAUAAGCCUAAUCUGUCGCAGUUUCAGUAUAGUAAGAUGGGGCAAGAUGGGACAUGCUUUCAUUCUCUUUUCCUCGUUCCAUUUGGUAUAGUAAACGAUAAAUAUUUGCAAAAUUAUAACUGUUAAACCGCGGCUCUAAAAGAGCUUUUAUAACUGUUUAAACCACGACCAGGAAAAAAAAAGGGUAUUUUUGUGCUUACAGUAUUCCAUCUUAUUCCACAGUACUAUAUAUAUAUAUACUAAUCUAACAUUAUCAAAAUCCUGCACUUACAACGAUACACGGAUGCUAAGAAUGUGUUUUAGUCGCUAUAUAAUAUCAUCCGUAUACGAGCAACAGCUUUAUAUGUAAAUAUACUUUCCUUCUAAAACCAGACGCAUAUUUUGUAUUUGUGUUCAUGUUUGUGUGAAUAAACGCGACUGUUUGUUUUCUCAAGUACA